UCAGAGAACUGUCAAUCAGGGGCAAAACCAGCAGAAAAUUAAAAUUUCCUUGCAUUUUGAUCAUAAUCUUCUUGUGAUUGUUUAGAAAAACGAAAGAUUUUCUUUUGCUUUAUCACAAUUCCCAGUUCCAUUGUCAUGCCCGCCUAUUGAAGUGACCAUAACCAUCCAUCUGCCAUUUGUUGGCUGCGAAGGUUUUAUUUCCGAACCAAACAACAUGUACACGGUGUGGAAGCUUGUGAUUUCUCUGUUCCUUUGCAUAACGCUGGCCAACAGUUCCCGGGUGCUAGAGCUAAGCGAUCGGUUUUUGGACGUACGAAAUGAGGGCCAAUGGUUCGUGAUGUUUUAUGCGCCUUGGUGCGCCCACUGCAAAAAACUCGAACCUGUGUGGGCCCUGGUCGCACAGGCUCUGUACAACACGAACAUACGUGUUGGGCGGGUCGAUUGUACACGCUUCACAGCCGUUGCACAGCAUUUUAAGGUUAACGCAUACCCGACGAUAAUUUUCGUCAAAGGGCCUUACGACUAUGUGUACAAUGGGGAACGUUCCAAGGAAGAGUUGAUUCACUUUGUAAACCGGAUGUCCGGUCCGCCGGUGCAACUGGUAACGCGGGCGGACAGCAUCGACAUACUGAAGUCGAACAAUCCGAUCUUUUUCACCUACGUCGGCAAACAGUCCGGGUUGCUGUGGGACGUGUUUUACAGUGCGGCCGAAUCGUACCAGGCGCACGGUUACUUCUAUGCUACCUCGGUCGAAAUCGCUAAACGGCACUUUGAUGUGGACACCGUCCCAUCGGCACUGGUGUACAAGGAGCGCAGCCACUACUAUUUCCCGUACUCGGACAACUUCGAGCGGAUUGAACCGGCACACCUGAACGAAACACUGUUCCGGUGGGUGAAUGAAGAGCGUUUUGCCACCUUCCCGAAGGUAACGCGCACCAACAUUCAUCAUCUCGUGCAAACCCAGAAAUACCUCGUCCUGGCGGUGGUGGAGGAGAACAAGCUGAGCGAAAUAGCGGCCCACGAGCAGGAGUUCCGCGAUAUGGUGGAAAUUUUCGUCCACAAAAACAAACACAAAUAUCACGGCCGGUUCCAGUUCGGGUGGGUCGGCACACCGGAACUGGCACGGUCGAUCGCGAUGGAUAGCUUGCCGACGCCGCAUCUGCUCGUGCUGAAUGCUUCCACUAACGAGCAUCACAUCCCGGAGGAUGAUCCACUACAGCUGACGCCGGAAGCGAUCGAAAUCUUCCUGGACAGUAUCCACAACCAGACGGCUCCCACGUUCGGUGGCAAUUCGCUGCCGGUGCGCAUCUACCGUGCGUGGUUCGAGGCUAAAACAUCGCUGUACGAAAUGUGGAUUGGUAAUCCGGUACUUACGACGGUACUGUUCGGUCUUCCGCUGGGUUUCCUUUCGCUCAUCAUGUACUCCAUCUGCUGUGCGGACAUACUCGAUGCGGAGGACGAGGACGACGGUGCCGAUCAGCGGCACGAGAAGAAGGAGUAAGUGCAGCGCAGUAGUCUUGGCAAAUCUGCCAUGUUUCCAUGACAGCAGAACGUAAGAAUCGGAGGACAUUUUUCGCUUGCGAGAGGAAAAAGAAGGUUUUCCUCACUCUCACUCUAGUCAUACCACACUUUCGAUUUGUUUUCUCUUCGAUAUAAUUAAUAAUUGUCCAUUCCGGCGUUUCCGGCGGGCGUGCGUGAGUCAAAGCGUCACCGCCAAUGACUUAAUACUACAAACUUAGGUAAACAGAAAGGUAAUAGGAUCAUUUUAGACAAUUUUUAAAAUCCCGACUACCCAAACUGCCAAAACCCAGUUCGGCGGCGGGUGCGUUUCGUACGUGUUCAUGUAUGUGUGUAUGUGUGCGUGUAUGUCUGUGUCUGAUUAGAAUGUUCUCUUUUUUAGCAACGAAUGAAACAUGUAAGAGAAACUCUUAAUUUUUACCCAAAACA